AUGGCUUCUGAAAGCUUUGACUUCAUCAUCGUUGGCGGCGGGACGUCGGGUCUCGUCCUCGCCAAUCGUAUCUCCGAGGACCCAAGCCUCCAGGUGCUUGUGAUUGAGGCAGGCGACAACCAAAUGGAGGACCCCAGAGUCAACGUUCCUGCCAUGUGGCCAACUCUGCUUGGCACAUCCUCCAACUGGGCCUUCAAGACUGUUCCUCAGGUUGGAUUCCAAGGUCGUGAGAAUGUCCUUCCACAGGGUCGUCUGCUCGGUGGUUCUAGUGCAAUCAAUGGACUUGCAUUCACUGCCCCUUCCAAGUCAACUGUUGACGCAUGGUCUGAGCUGGGUAAUCCAGGCUGGGACUGGUCCAGCUUCUCCAAAUCCUUAGCCAAGGCCUACAGCUUGACAACACCGUCCAAGAAGACGCAGGGCAACGGACGGCUCCAGCUCACCGUCCCGGUUGAGGAUGACAAGUGGCCGAAAACAUGGAGAGAUAGUAUUUCUGGGCUUGGGUAUCCAAUCGUCAGCGACCCUCUCUCUGGACAGCACUAUGGAGGUCUCAUGGUUCCAGAUUCCAUUGAUACUACCACGAAGAACAGGAGCUACGCCUGUAGCGCAUAUCUAGGGCCCUCAAUGUCCAGGAAGAACCUAGCCGUAUGGACAAGCACCAUGAUAGAGAAGAUUACAUUUAGUAAUGAGAACGGUAUUACUGCAACCGGUGUUCAGUACAACAAAGACGGAGAAACCAAGACUGUUGCAGCGAGCAAGGAGGUCAUUGUAACAGCCGGCGCCAUCAACUCUCCCAGAUUACUCGAACUCUCGGGUAUUGGCGAUGCCAGUCACCUUAAAUCACUCGGCAUCGAUAUGAUCAUUGAUAAUCCGCACGUUGGUGAGAAUCUCCAGAAUCACCCAAUCUGCUGUGUGGCCUUCGAGAUUACUGAUGGCGAUGGCUUCGAAACCAUGGACAAACUCGCACGACAAGAUUCUGUUGCUAUUGAUGCUGCCAUGGAGGCAUACACCAAGCAGACUGGACCUUUUACAAAGAGUGGUACAAACGCCAUAGCACAGCUCCCAUUCCCAGGCAUCGAAAGUGAAAAAGGAAGAAGCGAGCUUGACAAGAUGAUCAAUAACAGUUUCAACGCGGCACCUGUCCCUGGGAAGACGACGGCUGUUUUUGCAAAAGCGCAUGAGUCUUACGUCCAGUCUCUUCUCAGCUCACCCACAGACGCAUCCGGCCACUACAUGUCAUUCCCAGGCUUUGCCGCCUUCAACGGGGACGGGACCAUGGCACCCCCUCCCCCUGGCACCAAGAACUUCUUCUCCAUCGCCUUAUCUCUCGCGCACCCGCUCUCGCGCGGCUCUGUGCACAUCAACUCAGCAUCGAAUUCCUCUCUGGAGCAGCUCGCUAUCAACCCCAACUAUCUGUCUCACCCGCUCGACCUCGAUGUUAUGGCACGCCACCUCGACUUCCUCUCCUCAUCGCUCGCACAAGCAGAGCCACUCGCCAGCCAUCUCAAGCUUGAUGGCAAGCGCAGCUUCACGUCCGGGGGAGGCCUAAACAAGGCCAGAGAGUACAUACGCAAAGCUGCCGUGGGCGCACAUCACUUCACGGGUACAUGCUCUAUGAUGCCGCGCCACAUGGGUGGCGUCGUCGAUGCAGCGCUCCGUGUCUAUGGGUGCCACAACCUGCGUGUCUGCGACGCGAGUAUUGUUCCCAUUGUGCCGGGUGCUAACCUGCAGGCUACUGUGUAUGGAGUUGCAGAGCAUGCAGCCGGGAUCAUCAAGUCGGGGUUAUAA